GAGGAGCUAUCCGAAUACUAAUUUUUUACAAUGUUUAAAUUUAUAACAAUAAUAGUCGUACUGCUGCAAAUAUCGGCUUCGAUGUCUGAAUUACAAGAUGCCAUGCCAUCUACGACAAUGGGAAGUAAGGAAUUCAUGUUAGGAUUUUUCUUUAAGGCUAAUUGGUAUAGAGCGAUGCAGUUUUGUCGAUUCCAUGGAAUGCAACUGGCCAGCAUUGAGUCUCAGUCGGAGCAUGACGCUGUUGUUGGUUUAAUGACAGACUUAAGGAUGAGGGAUGAAAGAUUUUGGAUAUCAGGAAAUGACCUUGCGAACGAAGGUAACUUCUUUUGGAUGGCAAACGGUCGACCGUUAACAUAUACGAAUUGGUUUAAUGGUGAACCGAACCAUAUUGGCAUUGAACGUUGUGUUGAAUUAUGGAAUAGGAACGUUGCAACAAAUCCAAUUAUGUGGAACAAUUUUUUCUGCACCAGUGAGCUAUUUUUCAUCUGCGAAAGAUUUGUUUAGAAUAAAGAGCAAAUAAGAACAAAAAUCAAACGAGCCAAAAGUUA